GGCGGUCACUCGACGUCUCCAAUUAAUUAAGGAUCAUUUGCGAAGAACGAACCACCGAUAGCGGGAUGGGCGAAGAGAAGCAGUAGCCAGAAUUCUUCAGACGUUUCGAGCAAGGGAGGUUUUGUUUGUUUUCUCUCGUCUGUCCCGCGCGCGCCGAAGCCCGAGACUGCAGCGAAGCAAGGAAUAGGCAGACACGGUCUUCAGUCUGUUUUGCGGCGCACUCAUCAGUAGAAUGGCAAGAAACGUGGUAAGAGUGGCAACUUUUAUUUCGCUUUUGGCUGGAUAGACAAAUAGAUUUUUACAGUUGACUGAUUAUCGGAAUCAAUAUGAAAUUCAAAUAUGUGGUUCUUGGAACUAUUAAAAAUAAUUUUUUAAGAACAGAAAUAUUCUAAAGAGAGCGAGUAUUCUUUAAUCAAGUGACAAUGCGAUGAGGAGGCUAAAACACUCAAUUCGCUUACGAAAUGUAUAUCAUUAGCUGCAUAUGGAAUAGUUAUAUUCUAUUUUCUGUUUGUGAAAUUCAAGAAAGCUUCAUGACUUUACUUUUGAUUCUGUAGAUUUUAUAAGGCAGUGUAUUGUGUCUUAAAUAUCAGGAGCUUUCUACUCACCUUCAAUUUAAUAUUUCGUGUCAUAUUCGGUACGACGCAUGGAAACUGAAAACUCUAGAAUUCCGACGCCGGAUCAGGAGAAGAAAUCGGAAAUGUCAACUCUGUUAAAAGGAGCAAACGUGAAGAGUAUUAAAUUGAAUGAUAUCGAUCGCAAAACCGAACUGUUGGCAACUAAAAGAGAAACGACAGAGCUCAUAUCCAAUUUUUCUGUUGCGUCUUUACUCGCAGGAACUAAAACAAGUUCACCAAGACCAACAUUAUGGACACCAACCGAUUUCUAUGCAAAUGCUCUACAGGACCCGUCUAACGUACUGUCCGGACAUGACUCCAAUUUGAGUCCAAGUCUUAAACCAUAUGACUGUGGCGAUACGUUGAUGCCGAUUAACGGUUCCGAUUUGUACCUGAUGGACAGGAUUUUAGAUGCCAGACCGAGAUCACACGCUCCACACUCCCGGUUCCUAAAUCCACAUCAUUCGAGGCUUCCUCAACAAAUUCAGCCCGUAUGGACUGCAGCUGGACCCCACGUGGUCGGUCAGAGGCCUCUCGUUCAAGGUUCACCAGCUACUGGAUCUCAGUGGGCUGCUGCCAUUUCACUUCAGGCCGCUGGUGCCCGAGGUUCCGAAGGUACAUCCCCCAAACCUGCGCCUUUAACGUGUCACCUUCGGCGACAUAAAAGCAACAGGAAACCACGGACUCCGUUCACUACUCAGCAGCUUCUUGCUCUUGAAAGAAAAUUUCGGUCAAAACAAUACCUUUCUAUCGCCGAGAGAGCUGAAUUUUCUUCGUCACUGAGCUUGACAGAGACUCAGGUCAAGAUUUGGUUCCAAAAUAGAAGAGCUAAAGAAAAGAGAUUAAAAGAGGCAGAAAUUGAAAAACUACGUAUGGCUUCUAGACCUUAUCCUACUUUGCAGUCACCUUUGCAACUCCAGCACGGCGGAGCACUUGCAGGCUUACCAUCUGCGGUUGCAAAUGCUUUCUUCUCACCGAUGGUUUCAGGGGUAGGAGCGUAUGGUAAAAUACCUGGAUCAGCUCUAAUCCAACCAUACUGUAUACCUUCUUCUGCUCAAAUGACAUCACUAACACUCUGUCCCAGGUGACGUGAUGCCAAAUUAAACUGAUUUGUACUGUGCUGUGAGAUACAGUAUUUCACUGCUUACUAGGAAUAGAUCUUCAUACUUCAGAAGUUUUUCGUGCUUCAGAAGAUUUACGUGUAUAUUAAACAGAUUAGACUUUCCAGUAUUUAAAGUGUGAACUGGAGCAAAUGAUAUGCAAGGGAAAAGGAAUAAGUUUCCUGAAAUCACCUCAAGUCUUUCAAAACAAUAAUUUUGCAUAUUGCAAUUGUAGUUCUCCUGCGGAGAUAUUCAAAACUGUUUACAAAUCUAAAUGAAUAAAUAAAUAAAGCUAUAAAUGUUCAAAAUGUCAGCAUGUGCAGUCCAAUGUUCAUAACAUAAUUUUACUUUUUAUGAGUUUACUGUUUUGAUUCUGAAAAGAUUCUAGAAUAGCGGAGUUAAGAGAAUUAAAAGAAAACUUACUUGUUUGCUAAAACGAGUUUCGAAACUAUUUUAACAUCAGCAAAUUAUAAAGGUGAGUACUAAGGUGUAUACGUAUGUCAAAGAUUUUGGAAGAUUCUUUGUUUGAGGUAGUUAUUCACAUCAGUUCUUCUUUCAGUGCAAAUGGAUUUUUGGACAGAACAAUGUAAGUAAAUUAUUACCUCAAAAACAAAAAUGCAUAGCAUAGAAAUAACUUUUAUGCCUAAAACAUGCUAGUGACGUUAAUUUCAAUGAAGAAUAUAUUUAACUGUUAUUUCAACAAAGAGUUUGUUUCUUCUGAAAUAUACUGAAAGGCAAGAAAACAUUUCCAAUGAGGAAUAAUUUAUCUCAGUAAAAAUGUAACAAAAGUAAUUUCAUUACACAGAUAAUAUUUACGUUGAUAAACCUCUUAAUGAUGAUAUUGCUUUUAAAGAUGUUGUUUUUAGAUGCUGGAAGAGUAACUUCAUGUAAUCCUUGUAAAUGUUUUACGAGUGUAGGCAUUUCUGAAUUAAAUUGUUUUCU